AUGUCGGAGGGCGGCCGAGUGCAUGUAAAUAUCAGCCUGGAAGAAUUCGUGGUUGUACGACGUUGGCAACACGAGCUCCGCGAAUUCUGCCCUCAAAUUCUCCCAACCACUGAAUGCGCCAACAUAUCAAUGGCCUUCUACCCAAGUCGCAAUCCAUUAUUGAUCAUCUCGAAGGCGGCUCGAUUAUUGCGCCAACAGGGACAACUGAUGCCUAAUAAGCACCUGGAUGCAUUCAAUUUUGGCGGCUGGGAGCAACAUUGA